AUGGGCGUUCCUUGCGUUAUUCUGGGUUGGUGGUGCAGUGUGGUUAUGGAGUACACAAGGACGAUGUCACGUUAUUCUGCGACCUUUCGGCAAGUACAUUUUCGGCUAGCACAAUUUGCUCGUUUGCCUCUAUUACUAUGUUUAAUCCAGGAUCGUAGAGCAGAGGAGGAUGGCCUAUAUGUGGCGUAUGCGGCGUCAACUAUGUUGGGUUUAGUAGUGGAUAUAUUUACCGGGCUGUGUUUCGCGGUUUGUGUGCAUCGGUAUGAGAAGGAGGUGAUUUAUGUGUUGCAAAAGAGUACUAGUUUACUGACAAUUGAUUCUUUGCGAUUGUUGAUCACGUGGUUAACGGGUGUGCCGGGAGGCUUCAAGCUGAAUAACAAGUUAGACUACUUCCUUGCUUCCAUAAUGUAUCAGUUAUUGUCCGCUUGCGAACGUUUGUACGAUCUGGUUAAGUCAUUGGAGCUGCCUGUGGUGCCUGUGUUGACUGUUUGUAGCCUCAGCGGCAUCACAAUUUUAGGCGGCGCAGUAAUGGACUUGUUGUCGUUCGUAUCACUCUACCCAUUUCUCAUGAACUUUGGCAUGUGUCACUUCGUCAGUCCCUUCAUGUCAUGUCUGUCCUCGCUGUUCUCUCUCUUCCGCGGUCGCAAACUCAACAUAUUAAAGCAACGCAUGGACACACUCGACUACUCUUUCGACCAACUUCUACUCGGCUCCAUCCUCUUCCCUUGCUUCGUCUUUCUCACGCCCACGGUGCUGCUCUUCUACCUCUCCACUGCCGCACCCUGGACCCUCUGUCUCUUCGGCUACAUACUGAUACAACUCGUCAUCUUCUUCCUACAACGUUUCCCCCACGUCGUCUGGGUCCUUCCCAUGCUCCAACCAGUCCACACCAAGGGACUGGAAAUCAAUCCCUCCCCUUGCGACUCCCCUCCCGAUCCCCGCCACACCUACUGGGUCGUAUCCACCAUACCCAACAACCUCAAAGACAACAUAAUCAAGCCACUCACCUACCAAUGGCGCGAAAUCAAAACUGCAGACAUGAUCAGUCUCUGUUCCAUUCUCAAAGCCCUACGUUCAGCACAGUGCAUAUACCCCCACUUUGGCUUCCACACGCUCUUCGAAUCCGUCUAUGACGGCUUCAUGGGUCUGGCUCCACGAAAUGACGCCACAGACUAUGACCACAUCGAAACGCUGCCGAGACUACCUUUCCGACACGUCAGACACAUCAUAAGGAACCUCCUCUGA